AUGGCCUUACCACCUCCCACCCUCGCGAUCUCAGAUCCACCGGCUUCCUCGGCUCCUACAGUCACCACAGCUCAACCCCCAUCCACAAUGGGCGAAACAAACGGCACUGGCUCCAACACGCCGCUUGGCGAUUUGGGCUAUGUCUCUGCGGGUCAGAUUCGCCCCGGUGGCGCGCCUGCUCGCGUCUAUCUCAAUGAGAAGGUCGUGCCGUAUCUGCUUGAUGGGAUGAAGUCUGUUGCACGCGAACAGCCUGCCAAUCCUCUCCGUGUGCUCGGCGAGUUCUUGCUUCAGAAGAGCAAUGAGGUGGAGGGGGAGACUAAGAAGGAGUCGGAGUAG